ACGAGAACAGUAAAAAUGCCAUUUCUCAGACCUUCUGUUCGGCACUCUCUUCUAAAUACAAACAAAUCGUUCAAAAUUUCACAGGUUGUUCAUAAGGAAAACAGCAGUGAUAUGGUUUCUAUCAAGGGGAGGUUUAAUUUCUUAAUAAAUAUUUUGUUUUUGGCGGAAAAAAGAAAAUACAAGUACUGCGUUCUUAAGCGCUGUUCUACAUUCCCGACCACGACCCGUAGCAAUGACGUAAACGACAGCAUGCCGUACAAAUCACACAAGGACAAAAAGUCUCUAUCCCGUCUGAACCUGUCCAGUGAGAAAGCCAGCAGCAGUAAAGGACAGCUGUCAGAUCUUGAAGAGGAGUUUAUUUUUGCCGCUGAGUUUGGGGACAUUCCGACCGUAAAACGACUUUUGGAGGAACAUCAGAGCUUCAAUGUUGAUUUCAACGACAUCCUUGGUCGCACUCCACUUCGCCUAGCAGUCGGCAAUGAACACUUGGAGGUUGUGGAACUGCUACUUGAUCGUUCAAACGCUUCCAGCAUCCACGAAGCUCUGCUACAAGCUAUAAGUGCAGGUCACGAACAAAUUGCUGAGACAAUAUUGAAACAUCCCAAGUACAGAGACGUCAAACGAGAAAACAAACGUUUUGGAGAGACGGAUUACUUCUUUAAUACGACCAGUGAAGACUCUCCGUUUUCUUCUGAUAUUACACCUCUUAUACUCGCAGCAGAAAGGAAUCAGUUUGAGAUUGUCCAACUUUUGUUGUUAAGAGGGGAGACAAUCAGGAAGCCCCAUCAUUACUACUGUAACUGUCAGGAGUGUAGUAACAAACUGGUCUUUGACCAGUUACGAUUAGCCAAAACUCGAUUGAACGCCUACAGGGGACUGGCCAGUAGUGCCUAUAUAUCUUUGUCUAGUAACGAUCCAAUACUUACUGCAUUUGAACUUGCCAGGGAGCUCAGAUGUGUGGCAAAAGUUGAAAAAUAUUAUAAGAGUGAUUAUUUAGCAUUAGCAGAUCAAUUAAGUGAGUAUGUGGUUCGAUUACUGGACAAGGUUAGAGGUCACGACGAACUAGAAAAACUUUUGAAUAAAAAGAAACGUGAGGCUGAUGAUGAAACAUUUGAACAAUUAUCCAGACUGAAAUUGGCAAUUCAUUACAAUGAAAAGAAAUUUGUGGCCCACCCUAGCUGUCAGCAGAAGUUGGUCAGUAUUUGGUAUAAUGACCUGAGGGCUAUGGAGCGCUCUAACUGGUUCUUCCGGUCUCUGAUGGUGUUCGGGGUCACCUCGGUGUACCCAUUACUGGCCAUUCUGUACUGGUUCGCUCCACAUUCUAAGGUUGGACGCUUCCUUCAGUAUCCAUGUAUUAAGUUUAUCGGGCAUGCCAUGUCCUUUGUAACUUUUCUCGUCAUGAUUUUGAUCUCAAGUGCUGAGGGGACGACGGACCUCACCCGCCUCUCCUCUUUUUCUGGUCCCUACAAACACUACCUCUGGUACAAAAACCACAGUCGUCUGACGCUUCCGGAAGACUUUGUUGUCCGCACGAGUCGGCCAGAAAUUAUACAGAUUGGGCUUAGUCUAUGGAUCAUAGGUAUGCUUUGGCAGGAGAUAAAGCAGGUAUUUAGUGAGGGCCUGUACGACUACUUUGAUUCUUUGUAUAAUUACCUGGAUGUGGCCGUGCUCACUCUCUAUCUGUCAUCAUUCACUCUUAGAUACGUCUGCAUUUGGAAGGUAAACGUUGCUUUAAAAUAUUUUGAAACUCAUGAACCUUGGGAAUUGUUGUUAAGGAGUGAUCGGACAGCAGCACAACAGAUGUACUGGAUCAUUGCAGACAGGUUCUACUGGGAUUCCCUAGACCCCCAUAAUAUUGCAGAGGGACUGUUCGCCAUUGCCAAUGUCAUCAGUUUUACCAGAGUCUCGUAUAUUCUGCCAGCCAAUGAAAUGUUUGGUCCCAUGCAGAUCUCCAUAGCUCGAAUGAUGACGGACAUUAUAAAAUUUUUAGCGAUCUUUCUGGUGAUUCUGGUGGCCUUCAUGGUUGGUUUACAUAAUCUGUAUUGGUACUACCCAAAACAAGUGCGAGAGAAAGUUGAGUUUAUGCAAAAUAACAUCACAGUUCGUGCAGAGGAGGCGUUUGGAAUUCCAGACAAAACCGUGAGAACAGUGUUCUGGUCCCUAUUUGGGAGAGGAGAUGCCACCAUUGUGGAGUUGGAUGAGUUUAAUCACAUUUUUACUCAAUAUGUUGGAUACUGGAUAUUUGGUGCAUACAACUGGUGCAGUGUUAUCGUGCUUCUGAAUAUGUUAAUUGCCAUGAUGUCGAGAUCUUUUGAACUUAUACAGGAGGAUUCGGACACGGAGUGGAAGUUUGCCCGCAGUAAGCUUUACAUGGACUAUAUAAAGUCAGGGGCAACACUGCCCAUUCCAUUUAACAUGGUUCCCUCCCCAAAGUCUGUAUGGAAACUAUUAUCUCGCAUUAGUCACUGUUUUUGUAAGGGAGAGACAGGGGAUCUCAGACCACACCCAGGGCGAAUCAAAGAUGUAGAACUUUUUGCCACUAGUCCGACUGCAACGACAUCAGGUUGGGAUACAGUGCAAUCUCAGCGUCAAGCUAAUGGUAUAAAGAGAUUCCGAGAGAGAAUGCAAACAACUAAUGGUUUUGUUAGAAGUGAUUCUGAACCAAAUUUGUUUGAGGAAAAACUUACGUAUAAGAGGGUAAUGAAAAGAAUUGUCAAAAGAUACAUAUUUGACAUGCAGAGAGAAAAUGACAGUAAUGAUGAUUUCGAUGAAGUAAAACAGGAUAUUUCAAGUUUUAGAUAUGAAAUUUUAAAUCAUUUACAAUCACGAGAACAGGAAACGAAAGAAUGUUGUGAAAAGAUGGACGUGAUGGAGCAGAAAAUGAACCACCUGAUCAAACAACAAUCAUUGCUGCUCAGUAAAUUAGCACAAACAAACAGUGUAGAUAUUAAUCAAAAUGGGGGAAAUCCUCAUGAUGUUUUAAGUAGGCAAGAUAACAGUGAAAACAGAAAGAGUUCAAAUGCACCGUUAUUGACAGAAAGUGCUUAUUCCUCAUUAGAGGAACCAUCGGGUGAGGAGGAAAUCCUCCAGCAACUGUCUCAGGCCAGAAAUCAGUAUUUAGAGGACAUUCCCGAGGAGGAGGCGGCAUCUCAUAGGGAGGAUAGGCGUCUAAGAGUCAGACUGCGAUCUGAUAGCCAGGAUACUAAUACGUCAUCAAGAUUAUCUCGUCAGCAGUCUUUAGAUGACGAACAUUACUCUACAGAUGACGUCAUUGUUCACGUUGUCGACGAAAAUGACGUCAGUAAUUCUUUUGAUGAAAAACUGUGAUAUCUUAACAUUUAUUGUUGAAAAUUUGGUCUUAUUUAUAAUGCCACUUAAAACAUUGCUGUGACAUCAAUCUUUUGUUCUCGUUGUUUAAACAUUUUAUCUGUAUGAGUCGAGUUAGAAUUACAAAUGUAUCAUAGGAAUGUGGGUAAUUAUUCAAAUUCUACUUUAUAUAUCUUUCUUUCUGGAUAACUUUUGAACAAAGAUUAUGUUUUAAGUAAGAUAUUUGCCGAAUGCAGUUCUUUAUGAAAAGUUAUAAGACUGUUAACGUUAGGGAUUGGAUUGUUUUUAUAUUGUAAACUUUUCGUUUAAUGGGACUCAAAAAGCAUCAAACAUUUUGAUAUUUUUCAUCUAGAUCUGUAUUCGGUAUAAAUCCGAUAUAUACCAUGUCAACAUUUUAUCGAGAACUAUUUUGAACCCGGGGUAUGUUUGUGUGCAGAAAAAAAGCUUAUCCCAUUUGAAUUCAAACGAUCAAAACAAGUAAAACUCUAACGAGGUAAUUUGGAUUGUUCUAAUAACACAAAUGCAUAUUUUGUCUGAAAUGCUUCCCAAUGGUGUUAAUUAACCAGUUUUGGUGCUAAGAUGUUUAUGAUUGUAAAAUUGCCUCAAUCCCAUACUGUUACGUUACGUCCUAUUAUAAUAUCACAGUUCUCUCCUAUUUCACUAUUAAUCUUGGUUCUUAGAAUCUAUACUUGUACUUGUUUGAUACAGUUUCUUUUUACUUUUAAAAAUUUCAAAACAACUCAUUUCAAUGAAUA